ACCAAAUGUAGUCUGUGUUGUUGUGGGUACACACCAAUCGGAGAUGAUGAACGUGACACGUGUCCUGCUUAGUGCUGGAAGGCGUGUCGGGUACACGCGAGCAGCUGUGGCUGGCUGCCGCGCGGUGAGCCGGUGCAUGUCCACAGAUGGCACAGGUGCCAGCGCAGCGUCGGUGGAGGUUGACACGGCCCACACCAAGUCGCACUCCUUUCAGGCAGAGACAACAAAGCUGCUGGACAUUGUGGCCAAGUCACUGUACAGCGAGCGGGAGGUGUUUGUGCGUGAGCUCAUCAGCAACGCAGCAGAUGCACUGGAGAAGCUGAGGUACCUGCAAACGACUGGGGAGUCCAUUGAGCAGCCGGACGAACCCCUCCAAAUCUCCAUUACCACAGACGAGGAAGCCGGCACCUUCUCCAUCGAGGAUACGGGCAUUGGCAUGUCUGAGGAGGAGCUUGUGGAGAACCUUGGAACAAUUGCGCGUUCAGGGUCCAAGGCAUUCAUCGAGAAACUGGGCGAAACAGCAACAGGCAACGCACAGGCGCGGGACAACAUCAUUGGCCAGUUUGGUGUUGGCUUCUACGCUGGCUUCAUGGUUGGCACUGACAUUACUGUUUACUCCAAAUCGUACAUGCCUGAGGUUCACGGCAACAUGUGGCACUCCACUGGCCAUGGAAGUUACGACAUUGCCCCCGCAAAGCAUGUCAGACGUGGUACAAAGAUUGUCAUCAAGCUGCGUGAUGACGCAACGGAGUUUGCCAAGGGCGACCGUGUGCAGGAGAUUAUCACCAAGUACAGCAACUUUGUUGGUUUCCCCAUCACCGUCAACGGGUCCCGCAUCAACACCGUCGAGCCCCUGUGGACACUCAACCCAUCAGACAUCACCCAAGAGCAGCACGAGUCCUUCUACAAGUUUGUGAGCAACUCCUUCGACAAGCCCAUGUACACGAUCCAGUACAGCACCGAUGCGCCACUGAUGAUCCGCAGUCUUCUUUACGUGCCAACGAUGCAGCUUGAGAAGUACGGGAUGGGCCGCAUGGAUCCCGGCGUGUCGCUUUACUGCCGCAAAGUGCUCAUCAAGAGCAAGAUGGAGAACCUCUUUCCGUCGUGGCUGCGCUUUCUGCGCGGUGUUGUUGACAGCGAAGACAUCCCACUCAACCUCUCCCGCGAGAUGCUCCAGGACACGGCGCUGAUCCGGCGCAUUGGCGACAUCCUCACGGGCCGCGUGAUCAAGCAUCUCGAGCGCCAGAAGACCGCAGACCGCGCCGCUUACACCACUUUCGCCACAGAAUACGCGUCGUUCCUGCGUGAGGGCGUGUGCACGGAUGACCGCAACAAGGCUGCGAUUGCGAAGCUGCUGCUGCUGCAAAGUUCCACGCAGGAUGAGAGCGAGAUGACGACCAUCCCGGAAUACAUUGAGCGCCAGUCCUCUGCCACCGAUGGCGACGAGACGAAGAAACAGGAGGCGGAGAAGGACCCCGUGUACUACGUGCUGGCACCGAACCGUGCGGCAGCGCUCGCAUCGCCGUACAUGGAGACGAUGCUGGCGAACAACAAGGAGGUGCUGAUCAUGAACCACCCGCUGGACGUGUUUGUUGUCGAACAUUUGAUGGAGCUUGAUGGCCACAAGCUCGUUUCCAUCGAGUCGUCAAAGGUGUCCAACGAGUCGGACGAAAAGACUGCGCUCUCCGAGGAUGAAGUUGUUGGCUUGAAGGCGUUCUUCGAGUCUGCGCUCUCCAAGGACAAGCUGGCCGAGCUCAAGAUCUCCACGCGCCUCACGUCGUCGCCAGCCAUCGUCGUCGACCACGAGAGCGCGGGCCGCCGCAGGCUGAUGCGGAUGAUGAGCCAGGAGCAGGACGACGGCACGCUUCCGCUUCCACCGCAAACACUCGAGAUCAACCCGACGCACCCCAUCAUCCAGGGCAUCAACGCGGCACGGUUGGGCAGUGAUGACGAUAAGGCGCGUGGUCGCGUCGUUGCAGCACAGGUCUUCGACAACGCCCUCAUCGCCGCCGGCCUCAUGGAGGAACCACGGUCGAUGAUGGAUCGCCUGAACGAGCUCUGCGUCCUGGCCCUCAACCGCAGCCCAGACAGCACAGCAACAACAACAACAAAAUGAUGUUGUGCGCGCAGUGAAACCACCGUUUUGCAGGCACCGUCGCACAUCAUCGUUGAUGCUUGUUUGCUUUUGUCAACACAUCACCUCGAGUUGCAUUGCCAUACACAACAAGCAACCAGCAACGAGGGGGCUUUUAUGAACGGAAAAAAAAAGGCUGUGAGGCCACAACAAACAAACAAAC